AUGGCCACCCAUCUUCUCAGGCUUGUGCCGGCGGGACCGGCGGAAUGGUUGGCGCUGCUUUUAACCACAGCGGCUCUGGUGCUCGCGUACUUCGCCGCCACCGACUGGUUCUCGCGGUUCACCAGCCCUGUCGGGAAGGAGCUGGUGCCCGGACCUCGGGGGCUCCCGUUCGUGGGCAACCUGUUCUCCAUGGACAACAAGUUCCACUUCGACAAAUGCGUGACGUGGGCCAAGAAGUACGGACCCGUUUUCAGGGUCGAAAUCGGCGCCACUUCCAUGGUUGUGCUGAGCGAUUUCGAGCGUACAAAGAAGUACCUGAACAAAAAAGAAAUCCUGUAUCGUCCGGACACCUGGAUGUUCAAGCAAACUACGUUUACCGGUGUUGGAGUUAUGAACGGGCAGAAGUGGCAAGAUAACCGACGCUUUUGCCUGCACGGACUGCGCGACGUGGGAUUCGGCAAGACUUCGAUGCAAGACACCAUCAGGGAGGAAUCCGGUUACCUGGUGGAAAACAUCUUGGCCACCAAGGGACAGCCCAUCGACUUCGAGGAGUUCAUCUACCCAACCGUUUCGAACAACAUCACGACGCUGGUGUUCGGGACCCGCUACGCCUACGACGAUCCGCGGCGCCACUACCUGGACGAGCACAUGAAGCACUUCAAUCACCUGCUGCACAAGAGCUACAUCAUCGGAUACCUGCCGCCCUGGUUGCAGAGGAUCGCCACUCUGUUCCCGUCGCUCAGGGAUGGAGCCAUCAAGGAAGCCUCCGAGAAGCUGUCCUCCUUCAUCCGAGAGCGGAUUCGAGAACAUAAGGAAACACUGGAGCCGAGUUACAAUCGGGACUUUAUAGACUUUUACCUGAAGAGGGUUAUAGAAACUCAAGACCAAGAGGAUUCAAACUUCAAAGGUUAA